CUCAGACAUGUAUCAUCCCAAAAUCAUUAGUGUGAAGUAGAAAAGAACAAGGUCUAUGCUGCCAUAUAUCAACAUUUCUCCCUGCAGAAAUCGGUGAUCUUUCUUUACAAGUGAGUGGGUGUAACUUGGAAGUGCCAAGCGUAGAGUUCAAUGGCGACAUCAAGAGUUUUAGUGGCUGGGAUUUUGGUUUCGAUAUGGACUUUUAGUACCCUGGGAGGGGAGGUGCUGGGUUUCUCACCCUGUCAGUUUCCAGCCAUUUACAACUUUGGUGACUCGAACUCUGACACCGGUGGUAUAUCAGCAGCAUUUUGGCCAACAACGCCACCGAACGGCGAAUCAUUCUUCCAUGGCCCAGCAGGAAGGGCCAGCGAUGGACGUCUUAUUGUAGACUUCAUAGCUGAGCACCUGGGCUUGCCAUACCUGAGUGCAUACCUGAACUCUGUUGGGGCGAAUUUUCGGCAUGGCACGAAUUUUGCUACAGGAGGAUCAACAAUUAGACGGCAGAAUGAAACCUUCUUUGAGCAUGGAGUUAGUCCGUUCUCCCUUGACAUCCAAAUCGUGCAGUAUGAUCACUUCAAACAAAGAACUAGUGAUCUCUACAGCCAAGCCAAGAAAUCCUCCAAUAAAAUGGGUCUCCCACUACCACAGGACUUCUCAAAGGCUCUUUACACAUUUGAUAUUGGGCAAAAUGAUCUUGCUGCUGGAUUUCGGACUCUGAGCAUGGAGCAACUCAAGAUGACUAUCCCAGAUAUGGUUAACCAAUUAGCUCGGGCAGUCGAAAAUCUAUAUCAACAAGGAGCAAGGACAUUCUGGAUACAAAACACAGGUCCCAUUGGCUGCUUGCCAGCAUCUGUGAUGUACAUCACUAAUCCACCACCUGGCUUUCUCGACCAAAAUGGCUGUGUCAAGGGACAGAAUGACAUGGCUGCAGAGUUCAACAGACAGCUCAAGGAUAAAGUGAUUAAAUUGAGAACCCAGCUCCCACAAGCUGCAAUAACAUAUGUGGAUGUCUUCAGUGCAAAGUAUGGGCUAAUCAGUAAUGCAAAGAGAGAAGGAUUUUUUGAACCACUGAAGAUCUGCUGUGGAUAUCAUCAUCCAGAUGGGCAUGUCUGGUGCGGACAGAGAGGCUUUGUGAAUGGUACAGAGGUGUUGGGUGCUUCUUGUGGUGAUCCUUCGGCAUUUAUUAGCUGGGACGGAGUACACUACUCUCAAACUGCAAAUCACUGGGUUGCAGAUCAUAUACUGAUGGGUUCACUGUCAGAUCCUCCAAUUCCAAUUGCCCAAGCAUGUCAGAAGCAUUUGCAAGCAUGAUCACACCCACAGCCCAUUUCCUUUCUCUUUAGCGUUUCUUCUUCUUCAUCUUCUUAGUUCAAAUUAUCUGUGUAUUACGGGGAACAGAAAUGUAAGAAACUGACAUCGAAAUGAAAUUAGUAUCUCUUCUGUUUCACUGUUUUCACACAUCAUGGAGACCAGGUUCUCGUGUCUCGCAUCAGGACCAGGAACAGAGGUGUUGGGUGCUUGUUGUGGUGAUCCUUCAGCAUUUAUUAGCUGGGACGGAGUACUCCGCUCUCAAACUGCAAAUCACUGGGUUGUGAUCGUAAACUGAUGGGUUCACUGUCAGAUCCUCCCAUUCCAAUUGCCCAAGCAUGUCAGAAGCAUUUGCAAGCAUGAUCACACCCACAACCCAUUUCAUUUCUCUUUAGCUUUUCUUCUUCUUCUUCAUCUUCUUAGUUCAAAUUAUCUGUGUAUUACCAAGUAAGAACAGAAAUUUAAGAAACUAACAUCGAAAUGAAAUUAGUAUCU